UCUCGAGCUGCCACUCUCCCUUCCCCUCCCACCUCCUCUCCCUCCUCUCUUUAGUUUUGGCUCCAGUUCUCCGGCCGGAUUCCAGUCUGGCUUUUGAGGUUCCAGCCACCCCAGGAUCUAACAGUGGUCCCACCCUCACCCUCUUCCCCCCUGCUCAACUUUCAAGGCCCCUGACUUAAGUCCCUUAAGUCUGAGGCUCCUCCGGGACCUGGCGCCUCCUCCGAGUCCGCGCUGCCCGCUGCCUGCCGUCUGUGCCCAUGGCUGAGCCCUGAUGGGGGAGAGGCCACCGUGGGCCGGACAUGGGCCUCCCUGCCGUGCCUGGCCUGCCGCUGCCACUGUGGGUGCUUUCCUGGCUUCUCUGCAGGUGCUCCUGGCUCUGUGGACACUCUACCCCUUGGCCCAGGCCAUUCCCUUGGAGGAUCACAUUGUGUGUCCUCCAGGAAAGUAUCUCCACCCCGACAACAGAACCUUCUGCUGCACCAUGUGCCACAAAGGGACCUACUUGAAAGAUCACUGUCAGGGCCCGGGCCUAGACACGAAGUGUGAGGUGUGUAAAAAGGGCACCUUCAUCGCAGCACAGAACCACAUCAAGCAGUGCUUCAGCUGUGCUCGGUGCCGGAAAGAGAUGCAGCAGGUGGAGAUUUCUCCAUGCACCGUGGAGCAGGACACAGUGUGUGGCUGUCGGGAGAACCAGUACCGGCAUACCUGGGGGGAUCUGUUCCAGUGCCGGAACUGCAGUGCCUGUGUCAAUGGCACCAUAACUCACUCCUGCCAUGGGAAGCUGGACACUAUCUGCUUUUGCCACACAGGCUUCUACUUGAAAGGCAGUGUGUGCCUCCCCUGUGAGAACUGUAAGAGUGAGCUGGACUGCACGAAGUGGUGCCCUCCUAGAUUUACUGUUCCACGUGAGGACUCAGCCACCACCAUGCUGCUGCCCCUGGUCAUCUUUUUUGGUUUCUGCAUCUUGUCCCUCCUCUUUGGCAUUAUGGUCUGCCGCUACCAGCGAUGGAAACCCAAGCUCUACUCCAUUGUCUGUGGGAAACAGACACCUGGCAAAGAGGGGGAGCUGGAAAUCCCGUCGCCUGCUUUCUGCCCCACCCCAGGCUUUGGCCCCACCCCCAGUUUCAGUCCGGUCCCCAGCUAUGUCCCUAGCCCCACCUUCCCGGUGGGCGAAUGGUCCAGAAUGGGGACGGGGCUAGUCCACGAGAUGGCUCAGCCCCACCAGGGAGCGGCCCCCAGCGGCACCCCUGCCCCCGCCCCUCCUUCCAAGUGGGAGGACAGCGACCAUCCACAGCGCCCCGAUGACCCCAGGACUCUGUACGCCGUGGUGGACUGCGUGCCCCCGUCUCGCUGGAAGGAGCUGAUUCGCCGGCUGGGCCUGAGCGAGUACGAGAUGGAGCGGCUGGAGCUGCAGAACGCGCGCUGCCUGCGGGAGGCGCACUACAGCAUGCUGGCGGCCUGGCGGCGGAGCGCACCUCGCACCCGGGAUACACUGGAGCUGCUGCGCAGGGCGCUCGGCGACAUGGACCUACUGGGCUGCCUGGAGGACAUAGAGGACGCGUUGCGGGCACCCCAGGGCCCCGCGCUCCACCUCCCUCGGUGACGCUAGGGGGCUGCAGCGUGGACCUCGGCUCCCUGCUCCGGGCAGGACAUCCCUAGAAGGACGGAGGGGGGGCAGGGGAGGCUGGCACCAGCUGGCAGCCUCUUACUUAAGUAUACAUAGCACCUCUCAGCUGUCUGAACACAGGGUCGGCUGUCUGUGUGGAUGCGUGUGUAUGCAUGGGUGCUCCUAUGUGCAUGUGUCCCAGUGAGAGAGGCCAGGGUGCCUGGAGCCCAGGGGUUGUUUUUGGGGACCAGGGGAUGGCAUUAGCUGUCAGCCCCUCACCUCAGUGUAUAUAGCUCCUCUCAGCUGUCUGAACACACCUGGAGGGCCAGCUUCGUGUGUGGAUGCGUGUGUAUUCAUCUGUGUGCAUGUGUCCCAGUGAGAGGCUGAGGGUGCCUGGAGCCUUUUGGGGACUGUCUCAUGGCUCAUUUUGGGCUUGGAGAACCCAGCAAAGACUGCUUCAGGGGCCCAGGUCUGCUCCUGAGCCUGCGCUCCAGCAAAUAAGCAAUUUCUGUAUGAAUUCUGUCACACUAAGUGAACCUCUGAGCUCCCCAGGUGCAGAGGGUGCGGCGAACCCUAGGGCUUCCAGUUGGAGUGGUGGGUGUUUGUAAAUAUAAAACUUUGGGGCUAGGGAGACAGCAUCAUGGUGAUGCUAAAGACUGUUCUGCCUGAGGCUCUGAGAUCCCAGGUUCAAUCCCCAGCACCAUCAAACCAGAGCCUGAGCAGUGCUCUGGUAGAAUAAACAAAAC